CUCCGCCCACUGUUUUCUCUUUGGAUGUUAUAUAGCGCCCUCUAUUGUUGAAAGUUUACGACGAGCACUACACUUUGAGUAGCAUUCUCCUCGUAGAAUUCUUUCUCAUUUUCGAACCCUGGUGGACAGUACUGAAAUUUGUGGAUUUGGCGUUCGUGUUGCUGAGCUUUUGCGGCUGUCAAUUCUUUCCAAAGAAUACCUCAAAAAUAGAAUUCAAGGCAACAGAGAGGGGAAAUUGCAAUUAUGUCAGAGGUCAAGGAUGUGGCUACAUCAGUUCGAUCGCCUCGGACAGAAGUCUUCAAUUUUGGACCAUGGGCUAUCACAUCAACGAAGGGACACAUAUUGAAAUCUUUGCAACUGGAGAGGUAUCAUCAAGAACUGGAACUGCCUCAGUUGCCCGAGAUGAUCUUUGGAGACAAUGUGCUGAGGAUCAUGAACGUUGGUGGUUAUGGCAUUGAGUUCAAUGCAUUCGACUCCUUGAAACGUGUUGACGCUCACAAUGACCCCAUCAAAGUUGCCGCCGCACAGAAGUGGCAAGAGGCAAGAAGCGACUGCGAGUUCAUCAAGAAGGUUGUCAAGCCCUUUGACUGGACUUUCACCACGGACUACAAGGGAACUCUCCUUGGAGACUUACAGGAAUCCUCAACAGAUCAAAGGAUAAACAUGGAGAAGCUGAAAGUGCGAGAGAAGAUCCACUUCUACGAGGAGAUGACCCUGUUUGAAGAUGAGCUCGCUGACAAUGGCUGUGCAUCGCUCAUAGUGAAAAUGAGAGUUAUGCAGUCCUGUUUCUUCAUUUUGCUGAGGUUCUUUCUUCGCGUGGAUGAUGUUCUGAUCAGGAUCAACGAUACCAGAAUCUACCAUGAGGCUGGGGCAAGUUACAUCCUUCGGGAGUUCACUUCAAGAGAAAAGAGCAUAUCGGACCUGAAAGUUGAACCGUCGCUUUACACGAACCCAACCGAGAUAGCUGAACACCUGAAUGUCACAGUUGAACAGUUUGACCGAAUAGACUUCCCGGCAAUCGACAGUGAAAUGACGUGACAAACGAAAUUAGUGAUUCCUCUCCAGAUUUUUGUGGAUUCUCAUAGAAGUUUUUAGAUUUCAGAAAUUAUGUGCCACGGGAGAAGGCAGCGUAACUGCAUCAAGCACAGGUUGUUGAGGGCGCUUCACUUUACUCGCAGUCAGAGCUGCCCAUGGUGUCAUUGUGUCCGAUGCGAGCUAGAUGCUUAUUGAUCUGCAGAAAUUUAAUGCCUGCUUAAUGUGAUAACCUGUGAAUGUUGUCAUAGCAUACACUUUCCAUUUUUUUUUAAACGUUAAUGGCGCAUUUGUCAUAUUGGCUUUUGGCGCAGGAAUAUCUGAGGCAGUUGGAUAAUUUUACACUCUUCAAAUUAAUAAUGGAGAAGGCAUUCUGGAAAAAGGCACAGUGUGUUGAAAUUAAACCCAUAAUGACCAGACUUACGACUUAUUUUGUCACCGAUGUGUGUAUAUGAGAUAUUAGAGUGCAUAUAUUAGACGCUUCUCUUUUUCUGUUGAUUUUAGACUUUGUGAAUGUCUUACAAACCAUGCAACACUGUCUUGAAUACCCAUGGACAAUGAACUAUCAGACUGAAUUCAAGAAUGUGUCAUAUGUCAUGUCUAAUAAAAUAUCAAUUCCGACAAAGUUUGGCGGUUACUUGGGAUCAUUUUUAUUCAAUACAUUCAUUCACAGUCUAGCCGUAUGUUUGGCAGGUGGCAUCUGGUCACGUCGAGUUGCAUGACAUUCCUCUCUCCCUAGGCAUUUGUUGAGGUAGCUGCUUAGAUUUGCCAAAAUAUAAAUAGUAAACGAAGUAAUGGAAAAGUGAGAAACAGCACUUCAACAACUUUGAGACUUGCAAGGCCCAAAGCAACAGUAGCCAGUGGAAAUAAACCAAAUGCUGAAAAUGCAGGUGCUUGGCUGUACAAAAAGUAAAUGCAAGGAACGUCAAGCAGACAUUUUCACUAAAUAAUGCUAGAUUUGUUUUAUAGGAAGUACAGCUCAUUUUGCGUAUGUUUUUAACAUUGCCAUGCAACAGAAUCGCGUCCAAUUGAUUGAUUUUUUUAUGUAUAUACAAAUGUGCAUUAUGUUCAAACAACUAAAAUAAAGUUAUAAAUUACAGGUUUGGGAUAUUAAAAGGGUAAUGUUUACAGCAAAAUAUGACGGGCUAUUCUCUCCACUGACUGAAUUAAAAAAGUAGGGCAAUCUAAGGACUAAAAUAGCUACAAAAAUUUGGAAGAGGGCCAUAAACUGGGUUUAUUAAAUGCAUUACUUGCUAGAAGUUAUUUACACUAUUUACUCCGAUACCAAAAAUUCCAUAUCAAUUAGUCUAACUGGGGGUAUUUCAUUUGAUUUUGUCAUAUAUGAGUUGGUCUAUCAGAUAUUUUUUGACAAAAUUACUUUCUGAGCCCUUUAACAUCUAAAUUUUAAUAAUUGCAUAAUUUGGAAAGCUUGAAUUAAAUUUAAAAAUAAGUAUUAUUCGCAAUAUUAAACUUCCCCUGAAAAGAUUGAUCGCAAUAUCAUUGUUGGUCCCAAUUUAUCGUUUAUUUUAUCAAUCACUAUUUUCUUUCUGCCAGUGUCAUGUGACUAGAUGUUAGAUUGGGCCAGACCUGGACUUCAUACUGAUUUGACGCCUAGCAAAUCUGAUUGCUUAAAAAGCUGUGAGCUGAAUGGUAAUUGCGCCAUAUAAUGGCAAAUGUUUCAUGGCAAAUGAAGUAUAAACAGUCAACAGAAAGCAAUCUGUCAAUAAUACUGCAAAAACUGGAAGAGUCUGUUGGAAUUAAAAAAAACGAAUCUUAUCAGAAGGUAUUUGACAAGGUUAUUUUGCGUCAUUUUGCAGUAUGAAUUGCUUUUAAUGACUGUGAUAAUAGAUUUUUUUGAUGUCAUAUUUUCUAUCGAUUGUAAAGAGUUUUUGUAGUCAUUGCACUUUUGUUCAAUAUUCAUGGGAUUCAGUGUUUAUUUUUUACAUUCUUAAUGUUGUUUCAGAUAGCUGUGAGAACAACACAUGGAAGAGUGUACAGAUUCGGAUAAAUGACAGAUAAACUUGGAAAAUGGGAAAUGUGGAAACUGUUCACAUUGAAACAUUCUCAAGCAAUUUUCUUAAAAAUAGCACCCUCCUGAAUCGUUUUUAAUGUGCAUUUCACAGCAAAAAUUUGUUUUCCUCUAGCCAAUGACUGGUAAUACGUAGUCUAUCACAGGAGAUGUCUGUGUCCAUCUGUGAAAAACAUCCGCUAUGUUUCAAAACGUCUUCCAGAAACGAGAACCUUUUGCAUUACUUCAAGCCAACGCAAGCUUCCUAUCUCUGCAGGUUGCUAAAAAAACUCUGAGA